UUUCUGUUUGCAGCAAAAAUAUAAUUCUGAUCAUUAAGAGGUUCAUUUCUCAUAACUCAUCAUGGACAUUUCAGUGACUGCGGUAUUGAUAAUUUUGCUUAUCUCCUGCUCAUUUAUCUACAUGACAUGGAACACAAUGUACAGAAAACGGAACCUUCCUCCUGGUCCGAUUCCCAUGCCUUUGGUCGGAAGCUUGCUGUAUAUAAGAAGAGGGGAAUUGGCGAAAUCCCUUAUGAAGUUCUGGGAGGAAUAUGGACCAGUGUAUACUCUUUACUUUGGCCCGCGACGAGUAGUUGUCUUGAGUGGAUAUGACGCUGUAAAGGAAGCGCUUGUUGAUCGGGCUGAAGAUUUUGGUGCUCGAGGUCCUCUACACACCAUAGAGGGUUUUACCCAGGGUUAUGGACUUAAUCACGCCAAUGGGGAACGAUGGAGACAAAUGCGUACGUUCACUGUAAAGACACUCAAAAGCUUUGGUUUUGGAAAGAAAAGUAUCGAAGGGAAAAUUCAAAAGGAAGCACAGUGUGUGGUGGAAGAAUUUAGGAAGUUUCAAGUUCUUUCCUUAGAUCCAACCAAGAAGAUUAUGGAAGCUUUCUCUAACGUUAUUUGUUCCAUAAUAUUUGGAGACCGUUUCGAGUAUAAGGAUGAAAGGUUCAUCAACCUUCUUAACGUCUUAGAGGAAUUUUUUCACAGCUUAUCCUGUUCGUGGGCACAACUCCAGAGCAUUCUUCCAGAAGUUAUGAAAUACAUCCCAGGACCUCAUAAGAAGGCAAUCACCCUCUCAGAAGAAGUGACUGGAUUUAUUUUAGAGAGAGUGAAGGCCAGCCAAGAGACUCUGGAUCCCAGCUCUCCCAGACAUUUCAUUGACAGCUUCCUCAUUAAAAUUGAACAGGAGAGGAAUCACCCCGAUACAGAGUUCAAUAUUAGGAACCUAUUAGUAACAACCCACAACCUGUUUUUUGCGGGAAUUGAAACUGUGAGCACUACCAUGCGCUGUGCACUACUUAUCUUACUAAGAUACCCAGAGAUACAAGAUAAACUUCAUGAAGAGAUUGAUCGAGUGAUUGGAAGAGAUCGACUACCAAAUAUGGAUGACCGGAUCCAAAUGCAUUAUACACAGGCUGUGAUUCAUGAGGUUCAAAGGUUUGGGGACAUUGUUCCUAUGAAUGUGCCACAUAUGGUUACAAAGGACACCCAGUUUAGAGGAUACCUUAUUCCCAAGGACACAGAUAUCUACCCUCUGCUCUGUACCGUUCACCGUGAUCCCAAAUAUUUCUCUACUCCGUACAAAUUCAACCCCAACAACUUCUUGGAUGACAAUGGCGAGUUCAAAAAGAAUGAAGCCUGGAUGGCUUUCUCUGCAGGAAAACGGAUCUGCCCAGGGGAGAGCCUGGCUCGAAUGGAACUUUUCAUUUUCCUUACCACCAUUUUGCAGAACUUUAAACUGAUUUCAAAGACUGAAUUCACAGAUUCUGAUAUUGCUCCAAGAAUGGCUGGGUUCUUAAAUGCCCCUAUCAAAUAUGAGCUAUCAUUUGUACCUCGUUAGAGAUGAUGUCCUUGUAACAUUCUCUUAAAUUAUUGAUAAAUUUAUUAUCAAUGUAAAGCUUUAUAGACCCAAAUACAGUAUCCAAGAUUUCUGUAAAUUCAAUAUUUAUGUACAACUCAGAUUUGUACAGGUCUGCGCAUAUGUGGAAGCCAAACUGCGCAAAUCUGGUCUAGUGGCGUUGAUUGCAGUGCCCCAAAAGCUUCAGCAUGAUUGAAAUCCUGCAGAAGUUUGUGGGCAGGUUUGCCAAGCAUUCCAGAAAAUGGAGGCAAGUUUGCCCUGUUUUCUGGGCAUGCUGAAAAUGGGGCUGCCUCCUUGUUAGCAGCUUCCCUGACCUUGGCAGUGUCAAUUGGCCAGACUUUCUGAGGCUGACUCAGAAGUCCAAUGGUUGCACAGUUGAUCCAGUGCUGUGCCUUUGGAUACAGCAGUGGAUCACAGAAGUCUGCAGUGGGUGUCUUUUUACGUAAGAUGUCUCCUGUGGCUUUUACAUAAUUUUGUACAGCUGCUGCAUACAAAGGCGCAGUGGUGCUAACACUUGCAUACAACCAUGGAUCAGGCCCUUCAUUUUCAAGAAGAGUAUGCUUCAGCAAUGUACAGGUUUCACCUAGGAGCUGAAUAUUGACUGUAAUAAUAUAAUUGCCACUCAAGACACUGGUAUCCUCACACCCAUCAGAAAACAUGGCCACAUGGGCCAUAACUAAGAGUAAUAAAGAGGAAAAGCUGUAGUACUGUUUAAACUGUGUAUAGUCACAUAUAGUGUUAUAUUUUAUCUUUUAUUCAUAAUCCAUCACACGGGUUCUGUAGAACUGUACAAGUAGAAUACAACUGUAAAUAUGUUACAGAAGUAAAGACCAAAAGAGACAAGAAAACAUUUCAUAUACAGUAGAUACAUGAUAAAAUGUUGUAAUUGUGUUAACAAAAUAAUGUACCUGGUGAUAAGCAAUAGCGGUGAAUAUUUCUGAUAGUAAAAGUAUGGGAUAUUGUACGGGAUCCGGUCUGAAGGUCGACACUAUCUAGGUCGACAAUGUUUAGGUCGACCAGUAUAGAUCGACAGUCACUAGGUCGACAGGGAUGGAAGGUUGACAGGGUUUCUAGGUCGACAUGUGGUAGGUCGACAGGUCAAAAGGUCGACAUGAGGGUGUGUGCUUUUUUUUGAAAGUAGAGGAUUGCCUUCUGGGUUUUGGGCAUCACACUCGGAAAUCCCAUCAGCUCCUUUAUGAUUAUACAACUUGAAUUGAUCUUUGUGGAUUAGUUUUGACCGACUACCAUCUUCUCUUGCUACUUCAGACCAGGGUGCCACGGUGAUGAUAUACGGUUCAGGUUCCCACUUGGGGUCCAACUUGCUCCAUGGGCGAUUAUUUCUUUUGAGAACUCAGCAUCCUACAGAUCAUCAUUGGCAUUCUUGUCGUAAUUGCACUUUUGGCGUUUUCGCAGUACAUCCAUGCAUUGAUCGACUAUCUCUUUGGCUUCUUUCAACCUUGCAUGAUGCUCGUGUACCCAAGAUGUUUCUGGACCCGGGGUAUGCGUGUCGUCUCCAGAAACAUCAAAUUGGAGGUCAGCCAGAAGUCGUCCUGGUCGCCCAAAUAGCAGAUAAUAUGGAAAGUAGCCAGUCGACCCAUGGCAUGUGUUGUUAUAGAUGAAGAUUAAUUCUGCCAGCACGGUAGGCCAGUCCAGUCUCUGGACCUGGGGUAUGUCUCGCAGCAUAUUAAUUAGGGUCUUGUUCAUGCGUUCACAGACUUCAUUACUUUGUGGGUGGUAGGUGGUUCGUAGCUUUUUACACCCUUACAGGUCACAUUAUUCACUGAAAAGUUGUGCUUCAAAAGACAGUCCUUGGUCCGUGAGCAUGCUGAGUGGGUACCAGUAGGGCCGGACAAAUGCCAUCCAAAAGAUGUCGGCUGUGGUCUUGGCUGAAAAGUCCCGGACAGGUAAUGCCACCGCAAAUUUUGGAUAGUGAUCAAUGAUGGUGAGAGCGUAGUUUAAGCCGUUGCUGCUAGGUUCCAGCUUUACAUGGUCUAUCGACACAAUUUCUAUCAGUCGUGUACUGACAAUUGGAUGGAGGGGGGCUUUUUGCCUGGGCCUUGGCGGUUGCUGUGUUUUGCAAUUCACGCAAUCUUUGCACCAUCUCUCCACAUCCUGUCGUAGGUUGUGCCAAUAGAAGCAUUUGCAGAGAUUGAUCUCAGUCUUUUGUCCACCGAAAUGGCCAGAUUAGUUGCGAUAAGCUUCCAAGAUCAGGUCGACCUCCUGUUGGGGCACUACAAUCUGUUGUGUUGGAAAAUAGGUUCUCAGAUAAGUACUAUAUCAGACAAGCAGGCCGUCAUAUAGAUCCAGUCAGUCCCUCUGCCUCCACAACUGGAGCAACUCUGCUGGGGCUGUUUCUAUUUCUGCUCUUGACAGUCUUUGGUGAGUAGCCAUGUAGAUCUCCAUUCUUCAUAGUUAAAGGCACUCUUCUUGCCACAGGAUCCACUCACUUACCUUUCUUGGCAUAAGGGUAUCUACAGUAGCUGAUGCUACCAUUGGUUGCUCUGGAGGAUGAUGGCACCAUGCUCUGAAAUCUGAGAUUAACCCCAGUUCUUGUGAAUCCACUUCCUCUGACCUUCCCUCUGGUCCUGGGAGUCAAGACAAGGCAUUGGCAUUGCCGUUGCAACGGCCACUUCAAGACUCUGUUUGGAACUGGAAGUUGGCCAGUCGAGAUGCCCACCGCUGUUCCAAUGCUCCCAGCCAGGAAGUUGCCUGAUGAACAAGGGGAUUGCAAUCAGUGAUGGCUAUGAAUGGAGUCGCAAUGAGGUAGACAAGGAACUUCUCCAUCAUGGCCCAGACUAGCGCCAAGAAUUCAAGCUUGAAGGAACUGUAGUUUGCAUAAUUUCUUUUGGUUCCUCGAAGACUUCUACUCGUGUAUACAAUGACGCGUUCUUGACCUUCCUGGUUUUGAGCGAGUACAGCUCCGAGACCUUGUUUGCUCGCAUCAUUGUAGAGCCAGAACGGGCUGGUGUAAUAUGGACAGGCUAAAAGGGGCACUUCAGUCAGAACUUCUUUCAAUUUCUUAAAGGCAGCUUGGCGGUUGGCAUUCCACUUGAUGGGUAUCUGUUUGGUAUACCCUUCCUUAGGUAUCCCUCACAGCAGUUCUGUUAAAGGGGCAGCUAUCUUGGCAAAGUCUUGUAUGAAUCUUUGGUAGUACCCGACGAAUCCCAGGAAACGGCGGAUGUCUUUUACCAUCUACGGGUGGGCCAUUUGUCUACUGCCUCUGUUUUCUUGGGAUCGGGUGUCACUCCAUUGGCACUUACAACAUGUCCUAGGUAGUGGACUUGUGGCUUCAUAAGGUGACAUUUGGAUGGUUUGAGUUUUAGGCUAUACUUCAUUAGCUGUUGGAACACUUCCUGUAGGUGAUGAAGGUGGUCAGCAUAGGUUUUUGGAGAAUAUAAUCACAUCGUCGAGGUAGAGAAGGACUAUCUCUAAGUUCUUGUGUCCUAAGCAAUACUCCAUCAUCUGCUGAAAGGUUACUGCAGCAUUACAGAGGCCGAAGGGCAUGCGUGUAAAUCUAUAGAGGCCCAUGGGUGUAGUAAAAGCGAUCUUUUCUAUUUCACUGUCAGCCAUCCAAACCUGCCAUUAACCGCUAGUCAAAUCCAGUGUUGAGAAGUAUUUAGCUUACUUAAGGGCGGUUAGGGAUUCCUCUUGUCGGGGUAAGGGAUACGCAUCUCAAUGAGUGAUGUUAUUCAGCUUCUGGUAAUCUACACAGAAGUGUAACUGUCAAUCAUUUUUUCGGACCGAGACCAUUGGAGCAGCCCAUUGACUAUGGCUCUCACAAAUAACCCCACUUAUUUUCAUGUCCACCAACAUCCUCUGAACAGGCUGGUACAAUACCGGUGCUAGUGGCCGAUGUCUCUCUUUGAUGGGAAGUACGUCCUUUGUGAGGAUUAGGUGCUGGAUCUUCGUGACAAAACCUAGAUCAGCUGGAGUUUUGCUGAAUGCCUCUUUGUGUUCUCUUACUAUCUCGAAAACCCGUGCUUUUGUUCCUCUGUUGUCUCUGCAUCCCCAAUCUGCACGUCAUCCCACCAUUCUUCCGUCGGGCCAACUUCGGUUUCACUACAGACAACUGCGCUACGCUGCUCGACCUGGGGUCAUGGGUGCAACACAUCUUGAAAUUAUGUCGACCAUAAUCUUGCUAAUGGUUGGUUGCGGUAGAGCUUUACGGGAUGGUUAUGGGGGUUCAUGACUCGCACGGGGACCCUUCCGUCUUUUACCAAUACUAAGGCACUAACGAACCACUGCAUCACUUUCCCCACAGGAUUGUCUCUGAAUUUGGUUGCAAUUUCACUGGUCUUCUUUCCGUGAGACAGACUUUACCAACUUCCCAUGUAGCUCAUACAAAGCGCUGAUGCCCCUGCAACACCUUAAGCAUCUUCUGGAGAACCCACUGACCUUGCAAGGUGGUGUUUGUCAGUUCUCCCCUUAGUGUUGCUACCAACUCAUUUGGGCACUGUUUCAGUAUAUUCAUCCUGAAAAUGAUGGGUGGCACUGUUGUCUACUUGUUUCUGUUACUAAACAGCCCUGCCUGGGUAAUGAUGUCUUCCCAAUCUUCACAUCAGCUUCCCAAUACCCGACACAUGAAAUUUCGAAACCAUUGCUGGCUAUGAGCUGGAGCCAAGAGGGGGAGGUAACAAAAGGGGGUCAUUGUCCCAAUUUUUCAAAGAGUGGCUAACUGUAUUGUCAUAAUUUGCGAUCCAGUUUCUAGCUUAGACACUGGUUUGCAAAUUACAUCCAUUGAUGAUAACAGGGAUUGCUGGGCACAGUCCAAUGCAUUAGGGAAUCCAUUCUGCCGGGUCCAGCUCUAUUCUAUCUGGUUUCCCCAAGGCCAUGGCCUCGGGGCAUUGGAGUUUAAAUGAUCUGCAUCCAUGCAUUGUCUUUCCACAUGACCGGAUUCCCUGCAUCGUCUGCAAAUGGGGUGUCCCUGCCCGUCAAAUUGAUCGGUGUGUCUCCGUCCAGAUCCCCUUGGUGGGUUCCACCACUACCCCGCUGAUCUAUUCCUCUCUGAUCUCCCCCCAGGUUAGCUCAUAGCAGACAUCUGCCGGCUAGACAUCUUUUGCAUCUCCCGCUGCAUUUCGUCCAUCCCUACCAUCAAUUCUUCCAGUUGUUGUUUCAAUGUAUGUAUAGGAUCGGUAUUCGGGAUCUGACCUCUUUUGAUCACUGUGUCCUUCCUCUGUCCCAGUUUUUCUGUAGCCAGUGCUAUGGCUCCCUGUGAGCCUGUGCACUCUCGAAAUUCUAGUAAUUCAGGAAAUUCUUCUUCCUGAUUGAUGUUGGUGCCUAUUACUAUAAUGGCUGCUUCUUUAAAGUCCCGGAAUGUUUGGCCUGGCAUCUGCCUCUUUAAUAAGCGUAGCUGUGUAUGGACACCUUCACCUAGUGCUCCUUCAAAGAAUUGGGUGGUGAGCACUUCAUCUGAUUUUUGUACCUCUUCUUUGUCGAUCACCUGUAAAAUUCUGUGAAGGUGUUCCCCUUGGACUUCGGGGCAUCCCGCUAUACCUCGGCAUCCAAGGUGCUCUGAAAUAAUAUGGUAACAUUAUUGGGAUACUUUGUACUGCUGGGGCUUGAAUCUAUACUGGUCCUCCCCCUGCAUUGUCACUGACUGGCAGGUUUCCCACUGCUGGGUGUUCUUAUGACAUUCUUGCUUAUGGUUUUGAUCCUGUUUGUGAUGCCAAAUUGUACUCCCUGAGAAUAAAUGUGUUGUCGUAUGUACGGUUACUAACCGGGGAUGUAUGUGGGUUGAGAUGUUCCACCUCUCUUCUUCUUGGGAGACAGGUUUAGUUUGGAGCUUUUGGGGAUCACCAUCCUCCAUAGAGCAAGCAGGAAUUACUGAAGGACUCAGAAUUGGUUAGUGUGAUAUAGCCGAUAAGAUAAGCGGCACUUGGUAAAAUAAAUGACAGACCACAAAACAAUAUUACGAUUUUGUAUUAAAAAGUAAUUUCUGUAGUACAAUUAUCAGAGUCACAACAUAAUGUAAUACCACAAUAAUAAUACAUUCAACAGAUAUACGUAUACUGUACCUGGGUUCAAGGUUGAUACACUUUGGUAAAUGUCCCAUUCAGAGGCUAUAUUUAUAUAUGCAUAUAUAAUUAGUUGAUGCACACACAUUGCCGCGGUUUCCAAAGAAGCCUUUACUAGUGGCCAACACAUAAUUAAUGUGACACAGUCAAUAGUUUAUUUUCCCCUCCAGAAAUGUAGUUAAGUCAGUAUGAGAAAAGAGCGACAAUCCUAGUUGAACCACAGGGUGGGGCUAGAUGCUCACUGAGUUCCUUCAGACAGUUAGGCAAGUGUCCUUCUUAUGAUGAACAGGUAACUUUUGAUUACUGGGAACUGUAACUUUAAACUAUACUUCUUACUUGUAGUUCAGUGUCCUAAGAUGAGGCAGGGUACAUGAGGUAAAUGAGUCUCACUUUUUAACCCUUUGUGACCCAGAUGAAUCAAGAGGCUGUAUCAUUUGCUUAUGCUCCGGAUAGAGCAUCAAGUCCUAUUAACCCCUUUACAGUUCCUGGGGGUAUUCCUUGGGGGUUAUAAAUACCCUAUACCAUAAUUUAUAUUACAAUAUACACCCAUGAGCCAUAACAUUAAAACCACUUGCAUAAUAUUGUGCAGGUUCCCUUUGUGCUUUCAAAACAGCUCUAACCCACCAAGAGAUGGACUACACAGAACCUAUGAAGGUGUCCUGUGGUAUCUGAAACCAAGACAUCUGCAGCAAAUCAUUUAAGUCCUGUUAGUAGGAAGGUGGGGCCUCCAUGGCUCAAAUUUGCUUUUCCUGCAAAUCCUGCAGAUGUUCAAUUAGAUUAAGAUCUGGGGAAAUUUAGAGAUCAAGUCAACACCUUGUACUCUUUGUCGUGUUCCUUAAACCAUACCUGAGCAAUUUUGCAGGGUGCAUUAUCCUGCUGAAAGAGGUCACUACCAUUCAUGGAUACCAUUGACAUGAAGGGGUGUACAGUUGACUUGGUCUUCAACAAUGUUUACUUAGGUGGUACAUGUUAAAGUAUCAUCCACAUAAAUGCCAGGACCCAUUUCCCAGCAGAAUAUUGUCCAGGGCAACACACUGCCUCAGCCGGCUUACCUUCUUCCCAUAGUACAUUCUGGUGCAUCUCUUCCCCAUCAAAACAAUGCACAUGCACCGGGCUGCCCACAUGAAGUAAAAGAAAAAUUGAUGCAUCAGACCAGGCCACAUUCUUCCAUGGUCCAGUUUUGAUGCUCACUUUCUCACUGUCUUUAAAGUUGCAACUCAAGACAAUGAUGUCCUCACUGCCACCAGGAAACAUGGCAACAUGGGGCCAUAACUAAAAGUAAUAAAGAGGAAAUGCUAUCUAACGUUUAUACUGUGUUUAGUCACAUAUCAUAUUAUAUUUAUCUUUAUCUUUCAUGUCCUUCUGUAUCCAAACCACACUGUAUAUGACCUGCACUGUUACCCCACUGUCUCCAACCUGCACUGUAACCCGCAUUGUAUCCGACCCACUGUUUUCAAUCUGCACUGUAUCCUUUUCGAUAUCCAGGCCGCACUGUAACCUGCACAGUAUCUGACCCACACUAUAUCAAAUCUGCACUGUAUCCAACUCUCAAUGUAACCAGCACUGUAUCCAACCCACACUGUGUCUGACCUGCACUGUGUGUCCCGCACUGUAAUUCAAUCAAUAUUUAACUGUGUCAUCAGUGGCCCUCAGGAGGGAUUGGGCAUGGAGAAGAGACAUAUGCUUGGGACAUGUGCACUUGUGUAUGGGGAAUCCAUGUCUGCUGUUGCUAUUUUACACAAGGUAUGGUUUUUUUCUUUGGUGUUUGUUAACUACUACUACUUUUGAGUAAUGAUAUUGCACACAGGAUUCUUAGUAAAUUUCUGUGUUUGAUUAUUUUCAGUUGAAAGUACUUGCGAGUUGGUUUGAGUGGGUACUUAUUGCCAAUCCAUUACUAAAUUGCCUGUUUGUUUGUGCUGCUCUUUGUUGCUUAGUUUAGCCAGCCAGCCAUUGGCCUAUGUUUUUGAACAGUAUAGUAAGCUUUGAGGUGGUCAAAAUUAACUGGAAAUUAAUGUUAUCAAUGUUAAUAAUACUGUAGGCCCAAAUUAUGUGAUUUUAGCAUUUUUAUACAUUUUUGGAGAAAAAAAAAUACAGAUACAAAACCAAAACCAGAAUACAUGAGAGCAUUUUUGGCAAAACCAAAACACAAAUUUAAUGCAGAUCCAAAACACGGGGGUCGGUGCACAUCUCUACUUUAGAUCAUCCACUGUUAGGUAAUUUAUAAAAGCUGAAACACAUGACAAGUGCUAUUUAUGAAAUGUGAGACUAUGGGCAAAUUUCAGACAUACCCAACUGUUUGCACUUCAAAGUCUAAAUCAAGCCUCAGCUUGUCUCCGUAUCAAAACAAAUAUGGAGGUUGCUGGAUUUGGGACACUGUUUCUGAUCUUCAGUAUAACUUUCUUGGUGACUCUAUGGAUGAGACAAAGACAAAAAUCUGGGACCCCCCCAGGUCCACGACCCCUGCCUCUCCUGGGAAACAUCCUGCAGAUUGAUUUCAAGAACAUUGUGAAUGAGUUUGUUCAGCUCGGCUCUCGGUAUGGCCCUGUUUCCAUGGUGUACCUGGCCCAGAAGCCAGUAGUCGUAUUGAAUGGGUAUGAUGUGGUGAGAGAGGCAUUUGUAGAAAAUUGAGAUGUUUUCAGUGAUCGUGGAAAAACAGCUAUUGCAGAGCUUGCUUUCAAGGGAUAUGGAAUUAUAUUCAGUAGUGGAGAUCGGUGGAAGCAGAUGAGGCGGUUCUCGCUCAGUACCUUGAGGCAAUUUGGAAUGGGGAAAAAAAGUUUGGAGGCCCGAGUACAGGAGGAGACCAAGUGUCUAGCAGAGGAAUUCCAGAAGAAAGGAGGGGAACCAUUUGAUCCCACCUUCCUCCUAAGUCUGGCAGUCUCCAAUGUUAUCUGUUCUAUUGUCUUCGAUGAACGUUUUGACUAUGA